AUGUAUUAUCUCUCUCUCCUCGGCGAUUAUAGCAAUAUACUGGCAGAUAUUUUAGCCGAUUUACCACUGCCUGCAAAAUCUUCUUUGUCAGAGUUCGUACUUCGACACGCAAAGCACUACAAAGACGAUUCACUCUCCUACCCCCUCUUAGCCAACAACUUAUACUACGUCGUUUCUAAAGUUCGUACGUCGAACAUAAAGUAUUUACUCGGCGACGAAUGGUUGACUAAGCACGAAAUAAAAGUCAAACAAUUUGCACUGAACUACGAAUGGAUAGCAUGGAGCCGCAUCAUAGGUUCCCUCCCAGAGGAUCCAACGGCCGUAACGUCGCCGGAGGAAGUGAAUGAGGUUUUUAAGAGAUUUAAUUCGUUGUUUGAUCAGUCAUACAAGAGGCAGUCUGUGUGCGUCGUACCCGAUAGUAAGCUUCGGGACAAAAUCAAAGUCUCUAUAGCCAGAAAGCUUGUUGGGGUGUAUCAAGAGUUCUACGGUGCUCGUAGCCUUGUGAUCGAAAGAGAGAGAAAUUUGGCCCUUGAGGUCAAAUAUACCCCUGAGGAUGUGUGGAAUUACUUGUCAUAUUAG